AUGAAUGAUAAAAAUAGAUCAAGACUACCGAAAACCAAAAAUAUGCUAACUCAAUCUAGAUUACCUAGAUUUCUGAAACCAUUAUUAGCUAUACUUUCAUUAUUUAUUAUUUAUUCAUUAUAUACAAAUCAUAAAUCCACAAUUCAUUCUACAAAUCCCGUUGAUGAUAUAAAUAUAAUAAAUAUACAAACUGAAAACCCACUACCUAAAUUAACAAUUGAUAGAUUUAAAGAUUUAAAAGGUGAAGUUCAAGAUGUCGACUCAACAUAUUUGGAUAAAUUGGAUAAAAAGACAAAACAAUGUCCUGAUUAUGUUACAUAUUCACAACAAAGACAUCCACCAUUUUCCUCGGGUUCUUAUAAAUACCCUUACAUGAGACCUGCUCCAAAAUGUAGGACAUUUGUAUCAAAAGCAGUUGAAGCGCUUAUCGAUGAUUUAAAAAUGAAAAUAAAAGAUCCAGAUUUAGCAAGAUUAGUGGAAAAUUGUUUACCAAAUACUUUAGAUACUACUAUAUUAUGGCAUAAAACAAGCAAAGAUACUCCUAGCAAAUUGAAAGAUUUGACUUAUCCACAAACAUUUGUUGUCACUGGUGAUAUACAUGCAGAAUGGUUAAGAGAUUCUGCGAGACAAUUAUCAUUAUAUCAAAAAUUAAUAAAAUAUGAUCCAGUUUUACAAGAAUUAAUUUUAGGAGCUAUAAAUACUCAAGCAUAUUAUGUAAACAAUUCACCAUACUGUAAUGCAUUUCAUCCACCACCUGGAUCGGGUAUUAAAAAAGGUAACACAGCUUAUGAUAAUGUCCAACCAAGACCAGAUUGGAAACAGGUAUUUGAAUGUAAAUAUGAAAUAGACUCACUAGCUUCAUUUUUAACAUUAACCAAUGAAUACUAUAUAAAUUCAGGUAAUGAUUUAUCAUUUAUUAAUUCAUUAUGGUUUCAAGCCUAUGAAAAAUUGUUGAUAGUUUUACGUAGAGAAAGUGAACCUACAUUUGACGAAGAAACUGGUCAAGCGUUACAAUAUUACUACUUAUUCCAAAGAAAUACAAAUAAUGGGUGUGAAACUUUACCUAUGGGUGUGGGAAACCCAGUGAACUACGGAACUGGCUUAAUAAGAAGUGCUUUCAGACCAAGUGACGACUCAUGUAUUUUACAAUUCUUUAUUCCGGGUAAUGCUCAUAUGUUGACUGAAUUGAAAAAUGCUAGAAAAAAUUUCCUUAAUGAUAAACUUUUGGCUACUUUCGAUAACAAUCUUGAAGUAAGAUCCGAAAUUGAAAUACUUAUCAAGAAAACUGAUUUUUUCAUCAACGCUAUUUCUACAGGAUUAAAAAAAUUUGGAACUGUUAGCCAUCCAGUAUAUGGACAAGUAUAUGCUUAUGAAGUCGAUGGAUAUGGUAGUGCAACUUUUAUGGAUGAUGCAAAUGUUCCAUCAUUAUUGGCUCUUCCAGAUAUGGGUUUUACAAAUAUCAACGAUGAAGUUUACCAAAAUACAAGAAAAAUGAUAUUAUCAAAAGAUGGUAAUCCAUACUAUUUGAAAGGUAGAUAUUUUGAAGGUAUUGGAGGUCCACACGUAGGUAUAAGAAAUGCAUGGCCAAUGUCAUUAUUAGUCAAAAUUAGAACUACUGAUAAUGAUGAAGAGAUUUUACAAGCUUUGGAAUCGAUAAUGGAAACAACAGGAGAUUUAGGAUUAAUGCAUGAAUCCAUCAAUGUUAAUUCAAAAUAUGGUAAAGAUUAUACAAGAUCUUGGUUCGCUUGGUGUAAUUCUGAAUUUGGUAAAACUAUAUUGUAUUUGGCUGAACAAAAACCACAUUUGAUUUUCAAAGAUGAGUUUAAAAAUAUAAAUUAUGAUAUAUAUGAUUUAUUUAAAAAGGUUGAUACUUUAUAG